CGACAGGUCAUGCAUUUUCUUAAAAGAAUCAUAUCGCAUAGACAACUGAAAACUACUCUAAAUUUGUCUCGUUUUAUAUUAUCCUAACUCGAAAAUUGUAGUCCUUAUAUCUUCUUCCUUCUCGCAAAGCUGCAAUUGUUUUCCGCACCAAGGAAAUGCAUGUAACUCCGUGGUUUUCCGUAAGCGGAAGACUGACCACAUCGCCUCUCCGUGAGAUGGAACCGUAGUUCUUUUCCCCUCCUCACUUCUCCACAGCGAACCUUAAUACCUUUAAGAAAGUGAAAGAACGUAUACACUCUACUCUGUGUAACAAUAGGUAUUUCAUUAUUUGUUAGCUGCCUAUUUUGCUCAAGGAACGUAAAUCGGAUCAGUCCACCUUUUCCUAAAAGGUCAUUUCCGCUUCCUUCGAAAAGGCAGCAUGGCGUCUAAUAACAAACGAAUGGUUUACGUAGGCGGACUUGCAGAGGAGGUAGAUGACAAAGUUCUAAACGCCGCGUUUUUACCAUUUGGCGACAUCGUCGACAUCCAAAUCCCUCUGGAUUACGAGACAGAGAAACACAGAGGAUUUGCAUUUGUGGAGUUUGAACUCGCUGAGGAUGCUGCUGCAGCUAUAGACAACAUGAAUGAAUCAGAGCUGUUUGGUCGCACAAUUCGAGUAAAUCUUGCCAAACCAAUGAAAAUAAAAGAAGGGGCAUCUAGAGCAGUGUGGGCAGAUGAUUCUUGGCUUCAACAGCAUGCAGGGGAGACGAUCAAAGAUACAGAAGAGGAAGAAGGGGAAGGAGGAGAAGAAAAAGGGGUCAAACGGUCAGCUGAAGAUACAGAAGAGGUCACAGGUGUGUCAGCACCCAAACGACCACAUACCAAUCCCCAAGUGUUUAUGGAUAUCAAGAUUGGGAAUCGCAAUGCAGGACGCAUUGUUAUUGAACUUAAGGCAGAUGUUGUUCCACUGACAGCAGAGAAUUUCCGCUGCCUGUGCACACACGAGAAGGGUUAUGGUUACAAGGGUAGCACCUUCCACAGAAUUAUUCCACAGUUUAUGUGUCAAGGAGGUGACUUUACAAAUCACAAUGGAACCGGUGGUAAAUCUAUUUAUGGUAACAAAUUUGAUGAUGAAAACUUCAAGUUGCGCCACACUGCUGCAGGAGAUUUAUCAAUGGCAAACUCUGGUCCAAACUCCAAUGGCUCACAGUUCUUCAUCGCAACAGCUAGAACAGAGUGGCUUGAUGGCAAACAUGUUGUCUUUGGAAAAGUUGUAGAGGGCAUGGAUGUUGUUUGGAAAAUGGAGGCAUGUGGGUCAAAAAGUGGCAAACCUUCAGAGAAGGUCACCAUCAUCAAUUGUGGAGAACUUGUCUAGUAUCUGCAUUAACACAGACUGACUACCAAACUGUUCCCAGCUGUUGUAAGGAGGCCUUUACUUUAAGAAGAAAAGAUUGAAAUGAUGAUGUUAGUGCAAGUUCUGGUAUUUUGAUGCCUUUUGCUGUGCAUGAUAUUGUGAAGAGAGAUGUUGUCAUCUCUACAUCAAGGAGUUCUACUUUGAUCUGGAGACAGAAGACAAAUAUGCAGUAAAUGUGUGUGUGCAUGUAUGUGUGUGUGGUCUUUUGUUUUCCUCCUUCAAGUAAUUUUCAUCUGUUGUUUACUAGGAAAGGUAUGUAGUGUGUCAAUUUAUGCAGUGUUUGAAAUACAUCAGUAAUGUAAAUCUUCCAUGAAAGUUUUUGAAAUUAACAUUGUACAUAACAUGA